AGUAAUGAAGAAAUUCUGUCGCUUAACCUUCGUAUCGGAUAUUGCUCGUCAUUGUUUGCUCCUCAGCUGCUUUGUGCGGGUAUUUAAACAACGGCCAUGCAAAUAUACGUACCAGUCACACAACUCUACGCAGCGUGUGUUCAUUAUUUCUAUAUUUACGCAAAUGUUUGACAUCUCCGAUCCAGGGCGGCACAGAAAGAGUAUUUUUCAUUACCAUUCGUUGAUCGACAAUGUCUGGGCUAAGUAACUCCUUGUCCAUCCUUUUCUUAACGAUACAAUGGCUUGGGUUCGUCCUGCCAGCGCCCACUGUGAAUAAUAAUGAUGCAUCCGAUCGUCUUCUGAGUUUCGAGAUUCAAAUUGACCGGCAAUCCGAUGUUCUACUGCCCGAACUGGAGAUUCAACUGCUGCAGGCACAAAAGCAACAGGAUGACUUGGCAUUCGAAUUGCGCCGUUCUUGGACUCAUUAAUCGCCUUUUGAUUUUUUUCGCUCACUUGUAAUUGGCAUCCAUUCAUCAUAUUCAGCUUUAAUUAUUGGGCCGCUGCAACUGCCAUUUCUGCAUCUAUCUUCAUUUGCAUCAACGGAUUGAAUCAGCCACAGAUGCCCCUUAGGGUGUAUACAAAAAGAGGCGUGGCAGAGCCCAAAAAAGUCCUUAAUAAUCUGAAGC